AUGGCAGACUCAACCAACGGGGCGGCGCAUCAAGCCGCUGAGCUACAGGACUAUUCUCACCUCCUCCCAUCGGGUGGAACAGGAUCACGGGCUGUAACAUCCGUGCAACAGUCCCCCGAGCCAUCGCAAGAGGAUCUUCAGGGCCAUUACAUUGGUCCAGCAUCAGGCGUGUCCUUCCUACUUAGGGUGCAGAAGCGGUUACACCAGGCUAUAUCCUUUUCUGGACCGGGGAGUAUCUUUACUUUUGGCGAUGCACCCCUUCACAACCCUGACUAUGAUCCUACCUUCUGCAUGAUGCUUCCCAAAGAGGAUGCUCAGCGCUUGGUAGAUCGGUACUUUGACUUUGCCAUGCCUACGUACCGAUUCCUGCAUCGGCCGACGAUCCAGGAAUGGUUUAUGGAGUUUUACGAGACGAUGGGUACGAUGCGGGAUCCGAAUAAUGCUGCUGCCAAGGUUGCGUUGCUUUUCAUGAUUCUGGCCCAUGCGAGAGUCUACAUGCCGGAGAAUGACAGGCCAGGGCCUUCGGAUCUAAGCGCUAGAUAUUAUCUGGCAGCUGAUCAUCAGCUCUCAAAGGAGAGCGGCUCCAUCAGGCUGACUAGCGUGCAAGCACGGCUGCUGCAAUGCUACUAUCUCGGCACUCAGUCUCGAGUCAAUCAUUGCUGGAGUCAGUUCGGCAUCGUCACAAAUCUGGCUCUUGCUAUUGGCCUUAACAGAAAUAAACGACCCGGCGUCAUAAGCGGGUUGAACCACAUUGAAGUUGAGACUCGUCGAAGAACAUUCUGGUGUGCUUAUACACUGGAUGCAUACCUCAGCGUGUCUCUUGGUAGACCUCGCAACUUUCACGACGAUGAUAUCGAUACGGAGCUUCCUGCAUGUGUGGAUGAUAACGAUAUAACAAAGGAUCACAUAAAUAUGAACGGGUCAGCCAAGGGCUAUUCAGUCAUGCUUGCGCCUCUUGGACACAUGAAACUUGCUCGCAUCAUUGGCCAGAUCCUCCGCGCUCUCUACUCAGUCAAGCCUAGAUCCGUCAGUCGACGCGCAGAGGAAACCCAACGCAUAUCCCAAGACUUGAGCGACUGGCGAGCCGAAUUCUCUCAAUUCCUUGACGCCGAUUACUUUAGUACAACGUUCCUCGCUCCCAUCGUCCAGCGGCAACGCAACGUCCUCAAUCUGACCUACUGGCAUGCUAUCAUCCUGAUCCAUCGACAAGCCGUCUUGAAUAACUUUGCCAAGAUAUCAAGACAGAACAGAAGGGGCAGCGAAAAUGAUGCUGCCACUCAAGAAAGCGUUCAGAAAUGUCUGCAGGCCGCUAUGAACACUGUCGGUCUCAUCGAUGAGAUAACGGAGCAUGGUCAAAUGUUCCGUGCAUUUUGGGUCACGGCAUAUUUCGCAUUCACCGCGGCUAUGGUGUUGUACAUCUAUGUGAUUCAAAAAUGGGCUUCACCACCCGAGACGUACAGCGAUUACUUUACAGCAGCCACCCGAUGUCAAUCGCAUAUGUCAAUCAUGGUGGAGAAGGGUUCCUUGUCUGAACGAUACUGCUUUUUGCUUGAAGAAUUGCGCAUAGAAGCGCUACGCCAGGUGAACAGAAUGCACCCAUCUACGAAUGCAUUCGGGACCACAGAUGGCCAUUCGCGAGAGAAUGAAUUUCAGUCCAAUGCUAUACCUAUGGAUACGCCGAGCGAUAAGACAUCUUAUACGGAUUUAAUGGGAGAGAAUGGGAUGGAUUAUAAUGGUAUGUCUGGUGUUGACUUUUCCGGCUGGGGUCAAUUUGCGUCCAUGAUCUCGUCUGGUCUGGGUAAUCUUGAUGUAUUCUUGGAUGAUGAAGUGUUUAGGCUUUAG